GGCUAGUGGUCGGUUAGUAGCGGUUUGUUAUGGUUCUCCGGGUAGAGCGCUCAGCCAUUGCAGGGAGCAGACACUCUGAAAUCAAACAUGUCUUCUGCCUUAAGUUGUGAACAGUCCGAGAGACGGCGCUCUCAUUCCACCCCACAUAAACCAGCUAGUACAAGGGAGUCAGCAGAAGGCAGUUAUAACGGCAAUCUUCCGAGUCCCGGUGACUCAACAUAUUCUUUGCUGUCCCCAAUAUACCAUGACAGCUUUGAAUGUGAUGAUGAUGAUCCUGUUUUGAACCCAGAGAUCUUGAGAGAGAAAAUGAAAAAUUUAGAAUUAAGAUCUCAAGAGAAAGAGAAGCAAACGACGACAUUUGAAGUGUCGGAACACGACUUGAACUUAACUCCAUGGCAGGCAUGGCUGGUCUCUAAGGAAAAACAAUGGCGGAUUCAAUUGGAGAGGAAACUAUCCGAGGAAAUGAAGAAAGAGGAAGAAAUACAAAAAGAACAGCAUAAAAAAGAAAUGAAAAAAUUAUUGGCUGAAGGACAACACAAAGAAUGGGUCCGGAAAAAGCAAGAGCAGGAAAAAAAAGAAAAAGAACAAAAUUUACUAAAGGAACAGCAAAUAAAAGAGCUGGAACAACGGCGAAAAACAGCCUUGGAAGAGAGAAACAAGGAGAAGUAUAAAGAAUGGAUGAGGAAAAAAAAAGAGGAGGAACAGGAACGGAAGAGAAAAGAGAAGGAAGAAGAGGAGACGUAUCUAGCAGAGCAGAGAGAGAAGAAGGAAAAAGCAAGAAAAGUGUUUGAGGAGUGGUUGGAACAAGCCAAGACCAGACCACGUCCUACGUUACACAGCUAUGGCUAUGCUAAUGGAAAACUUACAGGAUACUAUGACGGAAGCUCGUAUCCCGCCCCAGGCUUCUUUAAUCCCAUACCAUGGAAACCAAUUCAUGUACCACCGCCACCCAAAGAAGCAGCCAAGAAUCUGUCUAAGAAGAAAAAUAAGAGAGCUGUCUCCAGCCAGCUAUAUAGAUCAAAUUUGGGGCCACUGUACAAACCUAAGGACAAUCUUCGUGUAGGCCAAGGGAUGUCGAAAAGAUGAUCCAAAUGAAAUAUAAAUAAUCUAUUUAUUCUUUUUGUUGUUGUUUUGACAUCUAGAUUUAGGGUUGGUAUAGCAAAAUCAGUUGAUAAACCUACUUGAAUUCUGCUUACUGUUAAAAUGCGUGACAUAUCCGGGAUGUGGUAUGCUAUAAGGAAAGGUCUUUUCUCAGAACAUCGCCCGUACCAAUUUUUUUUUUUAUCGUAUUAUUUAUAUUAUUGACUUGACUCCUCUUUAUUCGAUAUAUGCAAAACCAUUGGAAUUCAGUUUUUUGUUUAAAAAAUGCACAGCUACUCAAGUAGACUUCAAAUAUGUUUAAUUAUAAAGUGAGUUGAAAACGUUGUUGCUAUGACUACAUUUACGAAAUAUAAACAGUAGUAAGCUGUGUUUCUAUGUAGCAUUUUCUAUGUAUUUGUUAUCAUUACAAAUUAGUGAUAAAUAGCUGCAUAUUCUACAACAAAGCGUAAAAACAAAACAAAAAAAAAGUAAUGAUGUUAUCUGUUUACCAUUGGCUGGAGAUGAAGACGUUACAAUAUACAUUUUAUUUUCUGUCUGUGUCAGUUAUACUUUCUAGAAUGAGAUACCUGUGCUCACAUUUAGGUUUCUGAGAUCAUUUAAAUGUUAUAUUUGAACUUUUAUGGAUUGCAUAUUACAUUCAUUUUCUACAGUUUCUUUUCUUGUGAAAGUAAUGCACAUUGUGUGGGCUUUUUACUUGGGUUUUAUAUUUUUAUAACAAAUAUCUGUUCAAUAAAAUGU